UCCUUUCAGAUAACGGCAAAAAUAACAGCCUUUCAGUGUUACCAUACUAGGGGUGUGGCUCUUUGUUCGCUCUCCUCUCUCUCUCAUGAUAAACUCAAUGAGGUUGUCUAUUUUUAACCUCCUGUUCUUUCCUUUUGGCAGAGUAAUCAGUGCUAGCAGAGCUCUCUGCCUGAAUGAAUCCAAGUAACCCUGGUGGUUGUCUUCUGAAAUGACCAGCGAGCAGACUCGCUUUGGUGCAGAGGCUGCUCCAGGUAAAGCUCUCCUUCUAAAAGACCAUGUCUGUCCAAGGAAGUCCUGGUGCAGAGUUUUCCACCACCACUGUCUGCUCAGUAGCUGUGCAGGCUGGAGACUCUAAAAUCGUGAUAGCUGUCAUAAAGUGUGGCAAAUGGGUCCAGUUUCAGCUGGCUGAAUCACAGCCCAAUCUUCUAGAAAUUGGCAGCACUCAAGAUGAAGCCAAAAAACUGCUUCAUGACCAUGAACUUCUUUUGGUCAAGCUCAAGGCUUUGGAAGACCGGGUGUGGGAGCUCUUGCAGGAAGCGGACAGGACCGCUGAAGAGAACAAGGACCAGAGCCAGGUCUACGAUGCCAUGGCCCAGACCCUGGGCGAAGCGUGGACAGCACUGGUCUCCAUGCUUGAAAGAAGAAGGGAGCUCCUCCGGUUAACCUUGGAAUUCUUUGAAAAUGCCUUGGAGUUCGCUAUUAAAAUAGAUCAAGCUGAAGAUUUCCUCCAGGAUCCUCAUGAGUUUGAGAGUGCUGAGGACUUAAAAUCACUUCUUCAGCUUCAUGAACAUCAUACCAAAGAACUCCUAGAACGAUCUCUAGCCCUUUUAAACAAAAGUCAACAACUCACUGACUUCAUAGAAAAAUUCAAGUGUGAUGGCUCUUAUAUGAAUUCCGAGUUGAUUCAGGGAGCUCAGAGCAGUUGUCUGAAGAUUGACAGCCUUCUUGAACUUCUACAAGACAGGAGAAGGCAACUGGACAAGCACUUGCAGCAACAACGGCAAGAACUGGGUCAGGUUCUGCAGAUGUGUAUGUGGGACCAACAAGAAGACCAGGUCACUUGUUGGUUUCAGAAAACGGUAAGAGAUUUGCAGGAGCAAAGUCUAGGUUCAUCACUUUCCGACAAUGAAGAACUAAUUUGUAAACACGAGAAACUGAUAAUAAAAGCAAAGGAAUGGAAUUCUACUGUGGAGAAGCUGAAGGGCGAGGUGCUGGAGAUUCUGCUGUCAAAGGACUACGUGGAGAGGGAACAGCUACAGCUCUCUAACCAGAAACUGAAUCAGCUUCAAGAUGAACUUGGUCAACUCAUCAUGCAAAGGAAGAUCUGGUUAAAAAAGGCAAACGAUUUUUUUAGCAGUGCUAAUAAGGCAUUUGAUGUCCUUGGAAGAGUUGAAGCUUACCUUAAGCUCCUUAAAUCAGAGGGUUUAAGUCUGCCUGUCUUAGCAGCGAGGCAGGAGGAAUUACACAGAGAAAUUAAAGAGUGCACAGCCGAUGUUUUGCAAAAGGGACAAGCCUUAAUCAGCCAGGUAGACACCUGCAGCUCUCGGGUGAGCGGCAUCCAGGAGAUGAUGGGUUGCGUGCAGAGACGUGUGGAUCAGCUCACCAGGCAGUGUUCAGCGCGCGAGGAAUUAGCUUUCAAGAAGCACCAAUUAACAGCCGCAGUGGAGGAUUACCUCAAGAAGGCGGAAAUGUCAGUUCAGAAAAUCAGUCCAGUACUUUCCAGUGCAAUGGAUGUUGGUUCCAGCCUUUUUGAAACGGAGAAGAUUCUGAAUAAAUAUCUGGAACUAGAUAUCCAAGCCAAGGAGGCAUCACAUGCAUUAGAGGCAGCUGCAAAAAUCAUGACAGAGAAAAAUGAAUUUGAACCCGAUGAAGUGGCAUCACUUUCCUUUAAAACUAAUUGGCUGGAGGAAGAAUUAAACACACUUGGCCAAAGCAUCAGUUCCAGGUCACAAGUCCUGCAAACUUAUGUGGCAUUUCUAAAGUCAUCAGAGGAGGCAGAGGAGCAAUUUCAGAGCCUAAAGAAAUUUUAUCAGACUGAAAUCCCUCAGAAAGAAGGGGACGAUGCUAAAGCCAAGUAUUGGUCUGGCUCAGCUGAGAAGCAGUGGCAGCUAUUUUUAAAGAAGAGUUUUUUAGCCCAAGACCUGGGGCUUGCAUUCCUUAAUUUAAUAAAAAUGGCCAAAAAGAACGAGAUAGCAAAGGGGAAAAAUGAAGUUCACCUUAUGGAGAGCAUCAUGGAAAACCAGAAGGCUGAACGGGAAGAACUCAGCCACCUUCGAAUUGCAUGGCAGCUUGAAGCUACCUCACGCGAGCCUGUGAAGCAGCGAUGGGGAACAUUCAAAGAGCAGCUUAAGAAGACUACUCACAACUUAAAGCUUCUUCAGGAAGUACUUCUGCCUGUGUCUGCACUCGACCUUGGAGGGAGCCUCCAGACUACUGCAGAUUUGCAGAAGAAAUGGAAUGAAAUGAAGCCGCAGUUCCAGCAACUGCAUGAAGAGGUUCAGUACAUCAUGAAAGAAUCAGAAGAACUAAGUGGCAAAGGAGCCCCCGUGAAAGAGAAGUCUCAACAGCUCAGAGAUCUUAUUCACCUCCACCAGAAACAGACAGAGAGAAUCCAGGAUUACGAGGAUGUCCUGUACAAAUUAGUCCAGUUCCACCAGGUCAAGGAGGAGCUGGGAUGUCUCACCGGAUCCAGAGAACUGGAGUUUCAAGAUCAGCUGAAGGAACUGAGCGAUGCUCACAAUGCCCAGAUUCACCUGGGUCGCUCUCAGGAGAAGCAGGCACACGUACAGCAUCUCCAGGAACUGGCGCUUUCCUUAGGAGUGGACAUCAUCUCGUCAGCACAGCAGCCUCAUUGCUCUAAUGUUUCCGUGAAGAUCUUGCAGCAGCAGCUGGAGGCCCUUGAGGAGGACCACGUGAACUGGUGUUCGAGGGCCAAGGCGCGUGAGCAAGCCUGGUCCUGCAGCCUGCAGUUCUGUGCUACAGGACAUGAGAUAAAUGAGCUCAAAGAGUCAUUCAAAGAUAUCAAAAAGAAAUUCAACAAUUUGAAGUUUAAUUAUACUAAGAAAAAUGAAAAAGCUCGAAAUCUGAAGGCUCUUAAAUAUCACAUCCAACAAGUUGAUAUGUAUGAUGAAAAAAUGCAGGCUUUGAGAAGAAGAAUGGAAAAACUUCAUAGUAAAACUUCUGAUUCUUUCUUAAAUUAUCCAAGUAAUAAAGUUAUUAUCAUUUUGGAAGCUAUGAAAGAUUUGCAAAAACAUGUGGAUGACUUCGACAAAGUUGUCACAGACUACAAGACAAAUUUGGAUCUGACUGAACAUCUCCAGGAAUUAAUAGAAGAGUGUUACUUUUGGUAUGAAGAUGCAAGUGCUACCAUUGUGCGAGUUGGAAAAUAUUCCCUGGAGUGUAAAACAAAGGAAGCUGUGGAAAUUCUCCACCAGCAGUUCAAUAAGUUUAUUGCACCCUCAGUGCCUCAGCAAGAAGAAAGGAUUCAGGAGGUCACUGACCUGGCUCGGCGCUUAUAUGGUUUAGAAGAAGGAAAGAAAUACACAGAGAAAAUAGUGGCAAAACACAAAGAGGUUCUUGAAUCUAUUACUGAAUUAUGUGGGUCGCUCACAGAGCUUGAAGAAAAACUGAAGCAGGCAGAUACUCUAAAGAUGAAUUCAAAUUUGGAAGACUUUCACAGCAACUGUGCUGAUCUACUAAAGGAGCCAGUGAAAACUAAGCAGAUGGUAUUUACUGAAGAAAUUAAUGAGGGACAAGCGCAUGGGGCAGACAUUUUGGCCGUCAGCGGGACAGGCGAAGAUGGGCUUCCACAGAACCUGAGGCGGCUGUCCUCUGCCAAAGAGGGUGGCGUCCAGGGUUUGCUGCUGCCCGAAGAUAUGCUGUCAGGAGAAGAAUCUGAGUGUGUCUCUCCUGACGACAUCUCCUUGCCUCCUCUCCCCGGAAGCCCUGAGUCCCCCCUUGCACUGUCAUCAGACAUGGAGGUGGAAGAGCCCCCCAGCCCUUCAGCCCCUAGCCUUCCUGCGAGCAGCUCCAGCAUACAGUCCAGGACCUGCGGCCCAGGGGAGGCCCAGGAAUCUGUGCUUCCACCACCUGUCACUUUUGCUAAUGCAUACAAUAAGAGAGAAACAUUUUCAAGUCACUUUGAGAGGCCUUACCCCCAGUUCAAAGCUGAACCCCCAUUAACCUCCGGAGGAUUUCCGGAAAGCAGUACUGCCUUCCACAAAAUCGGUGCUAAGCAGCCAGAGAGCAUGCCGGGUGACGUGCAUGACAGAGCUUUGCAGAAGCACCCACAGGCUCAGGGAAGCUCGCUAGAAACACAGGAGAAAAUGCAUGGCCGUAGUAACAGCACUAAAACCCAAGAUAGGCUGCAUGCUGCCCCUGAUGUGUUCUGGGACCUCGGCUUUCAAGCAGACAGCAGCCCAGGCUUACAGAGGCAAACGGUUCCCGCAGAAGAGGCGAAAAGCACGUCAACAAAGAACAGCGUGGUCAGCCUAGCUGGCCAGGCACCUCAUUUCUCCAGGCUCCUGUCCAAUGUAACGGUCACAGAAGGUUCUCCAGUGACUUUGGAAGUUGAAGUAACAGGAUUUCCAGAGCCUACACUAACAUGGUACAAGAAGGGCCAGCAAUUGUCUGCAGAUGGGCACUUACAGGUUUUACACAAGGAGACAAAGCACUCAGUGUUCAUUCCGAAGGUACGCGGGGCGGACGCCGGCCUCUACGUGGCAAGGGCCCAAAAUUCUAGUGGCACUCUCUCUUCCGGUGUCAUCCUCCACGUGACAGGCAACCUCAGGCCACCCAUCGCAAGAAUGAACUGGGUAACGCUGUGUGUCAUCUAUGUCAGUGUGUCCCUCAUGUACUGGCUACUCACACAGUAACUGUUAUUGGCAUCGAGGGACGUCAUUCUUUUGAGCCUCCGGGAUGAUACAGUUGGUUAUUUUUCAGCACUUCCCACAGAGCAGCCCCCACAAAUGUACCUGCACUCUGGCCAUCUUGCUUGCUCGGCUAAUACCUCUACCAGAUGGAAAAAUGCUACAUUUUCUUCGACUUGUUUAAUUGAGGAUCUUGGUAAAUGGUGUGCUGUGGAUAAGGACAUAUUUUUGUACUCUAGAAAGAGAUGUAUCCACUGUAAUAUGCAGCAAAAUUAUAAUAUGCUUAUUCCCUCCUCAUCUGAGGACAGGCUGAUAAGUAUUGACAUCAGGUUAGAGGUGUGAGCUAAUUUUCAUAUCCAAUUGUUUGACAAUUUACUUUUAAUUGUACUCACAAACAACUUCUUUUCAAUGCAUAACAGUAGAACUAUUGAGAUGAAGUUGUGAUUUUCAAUAUUACAUUAGCUGUCUUUUAAUUUUACUUUUCUUGUCUUGAUCUCAUUUACUGAAAUGCAAUCUAUGUAAUUUCAUUUCAACGUAGACUACAUUCCUAAGUCUGAGAAUGUCGUUGUAAAUAGUCCUUCCUCUUGUUGAUUUCACAAAUUUGACACUGGAGACUAGAUGUGCCAUCAACUGUAAAAGAAGUUUCAAUUUUCCAUCAGAUCCACAUUUUAUAGAGCAAGAGGAAAUAGGAGGUGCAGGAAUGGACCAACAUUAUACCUGUCAUUCCAUUGAUGUUCUGUCUAUCCAUGUAUACAGCUGCAAUCAGAUCCUCUUGCCUCUAAUCUUGGUCAUGCUGCUGACCACUUUCAUAGUAUGUGGCAAGGCAUCUCAUUGCCUCAGUUUCCCAUCUGGGAAAUGGGUUUAUCAUCUACCUCUUGGGCAAUUAAAAUUUGUCAUGUCAUGUCUUGUAAAGAUUUGGAAAAUGGAAAACAUUCUUUAAAGGCUAAAAGUAACUAUAUUGUUUGUCGUCACACUGGCCUACUGCCCAUUAUUUCUCUGUCUGCUGUUUCUUUAGAAUAUUAAAUUGAAAGAGUACUGUUAAUAUAUAAUUUCCAACUGUUUCUAGAGGGAAAAUGAUCUUCUGAAUCGGAGAUAAAUUCCUUUCUAAUUUCUUACAACUAUAUCCUUUUCAAAGACUUGAAGUUAAACUCAGGAGGAUACAUUUAGAAUGUUCUAGAGAAAAAUACGUAAAAAGAUAGUAAAAGGUGAAUUCUGGCCUUUUGACAAUUAUCAUUGUAAUACUGAAAAAUGACCUAUACUUUUCUUGAAAUUCAUUAUUCAAAAAAGAUCAUCUUUUCAAUUUUUUUUAAAUGAGGGAAGUGUUUGUUUUUUAAUAUUUUAACAUAGCCUGUCAUGGUAGGGCAAAAUCUUUAGUUGAAAGAAUAAUUCAUCACAGGUUUUUGAUGAGGGUAAUUAAUUAUAUUGCUUGCAGACUGUCUACAAAUAACCACAAUAUUUAAAUGUAAUGUAUUCAAGUUGAUAUUAGAAAGUUACUGGAUGUUACCUGAAGGUAUGGAUACCUAGUCAAGUAAAAAGUUGACGAGUUCUCUCUUGUACUACAUAUUCAAUUUAUUUAGAAAAUUAAAAUUCUUACUUUUCUUCCAAAUUUUGUCAAAAACCUAUUAAAUGCUUAUAUAUACAA